GAGGCCAGUUGACUUCGAUCCACUGAAUGCAGACUGUGCAUAACACACUGUCUGCUCUGGGUCUUUGGCUGUUAUAUGCACAUCAUACAUAUAUUGCAUUUAGAAUCAAAUAGUUAUUCUUAUAACAUUUUUCCAUAAAAUCUUUUUAUCUUAUUGUAACAAAUGGAUAAUUCUCGUGUGUGAAGCUAGUUUUCUCGUAUAAGUCUGUGUACGUGACAGGCACACCGCGAGUUCAACUCAUCAAAGGAUUUUUCAACGACAAGGAACAAGUAUAAUAUACCAAGGAGAUAAUUAGAAGAGGAAAUAAUUGAUCAAUCACCAGCAACAUCUUCAACGAAUAUCUUGAAGAGGAAAGAAACCAAAAAAAAAAAGUAUAUCUGCUUUCCUUUUUGGAUCGUUGCGCGUUCUUUCUCUCUUUCUCUCGAAGAGACUUGGUAUUCGAUCGAUAAUUCGCCGGGAACGUGUGAGUGCGCCGACCACAGUUACCCAAUAUCUCUACAGACGAAUCGCAAAGGAAUUUGGUAUAAAAAAAAAAAAAACAAGUCAUUUAUCGAAAGACAAUAUAAAAGAAAAAAUAUGAAGGCUAUGGUGGUAAGCCCUGUAGGUGGUCGAGUACCACCGAAUCGUGGUGUUUUACACAACGGUUUGAAUUUAAACGGAACGAGGAGAGACUUAGAAGCUGAAGAAGUUGCCGCUUAUCUAACAAAGCUAAAAUCAUUGGUACCGGAUAUGCCGAGAAAGAGGAAACUUUCUAAACUCGAAGUAAUACAAAGGGUGAUAGAAUAUAUAUGCGAUUUACAAACUACCUUGGAAGAGAAUGUCCAUCAGGAAACAAUAAAGACGAAAAUCACGCCUAUAACGAGACAACCGCUUCAACCUUUGCUAAACAAGGUGAGCAGCGUUGGCAGUACAGGCUCGACGACACCGGCGGCAGCAGCAACAGCAGUAACAUCAUCAGCGACAACGAUGACGACAAAUAACACAGUGGCUGAACGGUGACCUGUCACAGGAAAACAACUUGAAUGAGGGCCAGAUCGCUAGGAGAGAUCGUCCUCGUGGGCUGACUCCAGCUUGAACGCAGGGUUCCGUCCGUCCGUCCUUUUUCAUCCUCAUCCUCAUCCUCCUACUCCACCUCGAAGAAUUCCUUCCUUUUAUUAAUUCUUCGAGGCUUGACAAAAAUGGAAGGAUACGUUAAACGAUAACCAGGGAAACUAGGAACAGAACGACGAGCAAACCCUUGCGCCCAGUACAAUCUCUUUCCUCGCGAAAGCCUGUAAAUACUUAUUUGUACAUAGACUCUCUCUCAUCGCAUUCCUCGCACGACCUCUCAUCGCCGAUAAACACCAAUCACACCAUCGCCUCUAAUCUUCGACUCUCUCUUUCUCUUUUUAUCCUUUAAUCCCACCCUUUUUCUCAACUUUCAAAUGAUAAUUUGAUUUUUUUUUGUACCUACAAUUAUUUCCCUUUUUUUUUGUUUGCUUUCUAUCGUGAAAAUGUUUAACAAAACUCUUUCGUUAACAAUUUCUUCUUUACAAUUACGAUUGGUUGAAAGGUCCAAGCAAAAUUAUGAACAAAAUAAAUAUAUAUAUAUAUAUAUACACAUGUCAUAUUAAUAUAUUCAAAAUAUCAUCAUUUUAACGAUAAUAUCACGUACCAUGGCCCCACCCAACCGAUCGUAAAUUUAUCAUCGCGUUGAUCAAAGUCUGUAUCAUUUCUAACUCACACUGUAGAUAAUAAAGACAAUUUUUAUUACUAUUAUUACAUUUAUUGUACCUUAAAAAUGCUAUAUUAUUAUUAUAUGAUUAUAUUAUUAUUACUGUUAUCGGUCUUCAUAUUAUAAUUUAGAGACCUUCCGUAACUAUUGUAUAUUUGCGAAGACUGAAAGGCUGUAAGUAUAUCGUCGCACGAAGGUACUACGCUCGUGUAUACAAAAUAAAUGCAAACUGUGUCCGUAAGUUAUACCUGUGUCACUUAUUUCCUUGCACAACCUAUUCAUACAUUUUUAAUAUAUAUUUUUAAUUAAAUCUUUGAAAACAAAAAUCAAAAUAAUUACUGAAACUUAUAAUUCAAAAAUAUGCAUAUAGAUUGUAUCCUUCAUUUCUUAUCAACAAACUAACAUUUGAAAGAAUUAAAUUCAAUCAUGGAAAUUAUGAAAAAAAAAAAAA